AUGACAUUCGUGACAAGGAACUCCAGACCCAAUAUUGUGCUGCUGAUGGCAGACGACCUUGGCGUGGGGGAUUUGUGCUGCUACGGUAAUAGCUCAGUGAGCACACCUCACAUUGACCGUCUGGCAAGUGAGGGGGUGAGGCUCACUCAGCACCUGGCGGCUGCCUCCGUGUGUACCCCAAGCCGGGCCGCCUUCCUGACUGGCCGGUACCCCAUCAGAUCAGGGAUGGCAUCUGCCUAUAACCUGAACCGUGCCCUCCCCUGGCUUGGUGGGUCAGGUGGUCUCCCUCCCAAUGAGACGACGUUUGCCAAACUACUUCAGCAUCGUGGCUACCGCACAGGACUCAUAGGGAAAUGGCACCUGGGUCUGAGCUGCGCCUCUCGGGAUGACCACUGCUUCCACCCACUCAACCACGGCUUCGAUGACUUCUACGGGAUGCCUUUCGGCCUCCUCAGUGACUGUCAGCCAUCCAGGACCUCAGAGCUGCAUCGCUGGAUCCAGAUCAAGCUGUGGGUCUCCACAGUGGUCCUGGGCCUUGUCCCCCUCCUGCUCCUUGUCCUCAAGUUCACCCACCGAAUCCCCGUGCCCUGGAAGGUCAUCCUCCCUCUCUCCCUCCUCGUCCUCCUGUUUUUCACAUCCUGGUACUCAAGUUAUGGAUUCACUCGGCGCUGGAACUGUGUCCUUAUGAGAAAUCAUGAAAUCAUCCAGCAGCCCAUGAGAGAGGAGAGGACGGCCUCCCUCUUGUUAAAGGAAGCCCUCGCCUUCAUCGAAAGGCAUAAGCGGAGACCCUUUCUCCUUCUUUUUUCCUUCCUGCAUGUGCACACGCCUCUCAUCACGAGAGAGAAGUUUGUUGGGCACAGUAAAUACGGAUUAUAUGGUGAUAAUGUGGAAGAAAUGGAUUGGAUGGUGGGUAAAAUCCUCGAGGCCUUGGACCGGGAGCAUCUGGCCAACCAGACCCUGGUGUACUUCACCUCCGACAAUGGGGGCCGGCUGGAGUCCCAAGACAGGGCGGCCCAGCUGGGAGGCUGGAAUGGACCCUAUAGAGGAGGCAGAGGGAUGGGAGGAUGGGAAGGAGGUAUCCGUGUCCCAGGAAUAUUCCGGUGGCCAACUGUCCUGGAGGCUGGAAAAGUGAUCGAUGACCCUACGAGCCUCAUGGACAUUUUUCCAACACUGUCUUAUAUCGGUGGAGGGAUAUUGCCCCAGGACAGAGUGAUUGAUGGCCAGAACCUGAUGCCACUGCUGGAAGGGAAGGUGACCCACUCUGACCGCGAGUUCCUCUUCCACUACUGCGGGGUCCAUCUGCACGCUGUCCGGUGGCACCAGAAGGACUGUGCAACUGUGUGGAAGGCUCAUUACGUGACUCCCAAAUUCCACCCAGAGGGAGCAGGCGCCUGUUAUGGAAAUAGUAUGUGUCCAUGCUCUGGGGAUGUGACCCACCAUGACCCGCCCCUCCUAUUUGACGUCUCAAGGGACCCCUCAGAGGCCAUACCACUGAACCCUGACAACGAGGCAUUAUUCGACUCUGUGGUCAAAAACAUUGAGGCAGCCAUUAAAGAGCAUCGCGGGACACUGACGCCUGUCCCACAGCAACUCUCCGCGUUCAACACUAUUUGGAAGCCGUGGCUGCAGCCGUGUUGUGGGACCUUCCCCUUUUGUGGGUGUGACAAGGAAGACGACAUCCUUCCUGCUGCUCCCUGA